AUGAAGGUUGGGUGGAGCUUUCUUCAGGACAAGCGCAACACGUUUGGAGGCGUAGACGGGAAGGGUUGGUUGGCGCAUCGCGUGAUUCACGAGAAGAGGUUACAAGAAGCAUUUGUAGACGUCCAAGCCACCGACCCAUCCGUUCCCGAAGGACGCGGGGUAGUGUGGAGAGCUCGGGCGGUGAGAGACUACGAGAAGGCCAUGCAAGCGUUCCGAGAGCAUUUGUUAGUGUUGGUACACAUGACGGGUGGACAACCAGCACGUGGAACGGAAGUGGUGACGGUCCAGUACAUGAACAGUCCCAAUGGCGAGAGCCGUGGCGUGUUCGUCGAGGACGGGUUGAUGGUGUACGUGACCAUGUACCACAAAGGCAUCGGGGCCAGCGCAAAGGCCAAGAUCAUCCACCGGUAUUUACCGCGUGAGGUGGGUGAAUUGUUGUUUUAUUAUUUAUGGAUGGUCAUACCGUUUUGGAGGAAGUUGGAGGGUGCUGUCAGGAAAGGGGCAGCCAGAGAAGCCAGCCCAUUCAUAUGGAAACCAAGGGAGGAGGAGCCGUGGACACGGCCGCAACGUAGAAAAAGGGCGCGGGAAAGCAAUGCGAGUGAGAGUGAGAGUGAGGGUGAGAUUCCGCGACGGGACGUGGACGAAGACGAGAGGGAAGAGGAAAGGGAAAAAGAACAGGGCAGGGGAAUGAAAGAGGAAGAACCGUCGUUGUGUGGACCGGAAAAAUGGGAUACCAACCGGGUUCGGCGGGCGAUCCAGCGCGUGUCGAUACGGUGGUUAGGCGUGAAACUCAACAUCAUGGCGUGGAGACACAGCAGCAAGGCGAUAUAUCGGAGAUACAUCAACGAAAAGGCGGUCAUCAAGGCAGUCGUAGAGGGCGACGAAGACGAGGAUGGCGAGGACGACGCAUUCGACAUUCAGACAGGGCACAGUUCCAAGAUUGGUGGCACAGUUUACGGUAGAGCAAUUACCGAGUCGCCGUUCAGCACCGAAGCCCAGCGAGUGGCAUUGCGGCGAGUGAGCAUGGAGUGGCAUCGGUUUUUGUUGUUCAAGUCAGCGUUGGAAAUGCAUCCCAAGAGAGGGACGCGAGCGGCGGAGGCCAGGAAGCAGGCGAUUGAGGAAGAGUUCCGGCGUUGGAGGAAGAUGCGAGCGGUAGACACGCAGCAUCAGCUGGAGAGCUUGGUGGGGGCGGGCGCCAGGUUCAGGAGCGUACAGCGGCCGGCGAUAGAGGCCAUCAUGCACCAAAAGAGCCCAGUUGUCGUGGUCAUGGGUACAGGAGCAGGCAAGAGCAUGGCGUUCAUGUUGCCAGCGUCGUGCUCCACGGGCGUCACCAUCGUAGUCGUGCCGUUAGUUUCGUUGCGCGGCAACUUGAAGGACCGGUGUGUCCAGGCUGGGAUCGAUUGCGUGGAGUGGGACAGUCGCAAGCCGCAGGAGUGGGCGUCCGUGGUGUUGGUCACGCCCGAGUCGGCGGUCAGCGAGAGUUUUGGUGGCUUCAUCAACCGGCAACGAGCCAUGGGGCGAUUGGAUCGAAUCGUUGUCGAUGAAUGUCACGUUGUGUUGGAUUCGACGGGCGGAUGGAGGACGCGGAUGUUGGCGUUGCGGGAUUUGGUCAAGGCAGAGACACAGUUGGUGUACUUGACAGCAACCAUGCGGCCGAGAGACGAGGGCGAGUUUAUUGCAUUGAUGGGGUUGCCAGCCAAGGAAGAAUGCCAGUGGUUCCGAGGUCCGACGACCCGGAAGAACGUCAGGUACCAGAUACAGCGGUACGAUCAGAAGGAGGAAGACGAAGACGAGGUGUUGGUACGGUUGGUGGAGGAGAAGAAGCGGCAGUACCCGAUGCCCGGCCGGAUCAUU